AUGUCUUGGUUAAGUUCACGUUUGGCUGCUACUCAGGCGAACCGAUGGUCCAAAUCGGUCAACCCGUUUAUGACUGCCGAAAAAUCUGAGAGCACUCUACCAGUUGGAAACCAGAAUCCAAUAGGUGUAAGGAUCUCAGACAGGAAAGACUCCUAUGAGGAUGUUCAUUCGUAUUCUACCAUUUUCGGACUGGACUGGGCUCGCAGAAAAUCAGUCGAAGAACUAAAGCAGGAGCAGGCGCUGAUCGAGAAUGUUCGACUACUCGUUGAAGAAGAACGAGAUCGUCAAAUGGAAUUUGAUCGCACCUACCGAAUGAACUAUUAA